AUGAUGCUGUGGCUGGGGAUCUGGGAGGAGUACGUGUGGAGGCGGGAGAAUAGGUGGCGCGUAUGGGGAGGGGCGGCCCUUCUGUGCCUCUUCUUCAUGGUGGCGACGCCGAAGAUCCCCCACUCCCGCAGCCACCACCAGUAUGCUGACAUGCGGAACUUCCUCGGUUGGUAUCUUGGAUAUCUUCUGUUUGUUGCAAUCUUCGUCUUUCCAUCUCGGUAAUUGAGGCUUCCUGUGUCUUUUGCGCCGUCCUCUCAUGCUUUCCUCAUGCAGGGGUUCCCAACACGCUGAACGUGCUCACGAGUUUCCCUCUGCUUAUGGUCGGAGUCGUUGGCUUUAUUUUAUGCCUUCACGGAAGUUGCUUCGGCAUCAGGUUUGCCCCGUCGAGUUCUGCGUCUUCUGUGUUCCGUUGUUUUGUUCUUUUAUUCCUUUUUGACGGACAGGACUCCUUGCUAUGGUCAGCGUUAAGGGGGAGACUUGGGGCUGGGCAUUCUUCUAUGCUGGAGUCGUGGGGUUGGCAUUCGGAUCUUCUUAUUAUCACCUCAAGCCUGAUGAUUCUCGCGUCACAUGGGAAGUAUUCCCGGUGAAUAUUCUUGCCGUUGUAUCUCUUCUGUUUCUGAUGGAACUCUGUUGUACGUUUGACUUGCUUUUAGAUACGUUAUUCUUGCGUUGGUUUCAUCAUUUGUAUCAUGCAGACCAAAUCUCAGCAAUCUCCAAUUAUUUUCUAUUUUUUUAUUAGCAUAACUCGCACCAAACAGACUAGUGCACUCUCUGACUCGACAUCGUCGAAUCGGAAUCCCAAGUCUGAUCCUUGAUUGACAGAACGCGGUUAUGCAAUGAUCACUACUGUCUUACUCAACGUAGUAAGGCGUCUUCUUACCAUAGAUGAGGCCACGCUACGGACGUAAAACAAGAGUUGAUUGAUACGUAUAAAAACUUUGGAAGCUGGACUCCGUUUGGAGCCACCUGAAUCCGGUGGCGUCUAUGUCCUGGCAUCGGUUGACAUGUUUUAGAUUGUUUGGCACUCUGCUCUCUCAAAGGGAAGCUGCACGACAUGGUUCCGUAAGAAAUGCAUGUGAAUCAAGACCAUGGUUCAUCAGUAGCGUUUUGUGUCCGCUAUUUUCGGAUUUUUUCUGCCAAUGGAGCAUAGGUAUCUGGUGGCCUUAUCCCUAGUUUAACUGCUCACAUUGUGAGAAUAUCCUGAGAAAAUCGUGGCAUUUUAACUUUCUAUUCCUUGUCCUAGACGUGUAAAAAGUACGUUGCAAAAAUAUAAAUAUAUAUUUGUGUCAGGUUAACAACCUCUUGGAAUAUCAGAAAAGCUUUCAAGUGACUAGUGAAAUAAAUGCAUAAUUGGCUCUGAAAGAUUAGAACGCCCACGCAAUCUUUCUCUUCUCUCGUUAGAAUUAUUGUCCUGCUGAUAUGAAGGUAUGCCUGACACACCUUGUCUGAUGUCUGUGUCAGUUACUUCUUUGCUCCCUUGACAGCUGUCACAUUUUAAACUGAGUUGCUAAUAGGGGGUUUGGUAGUUGAGGCUGAUUUUUGUUUUAAUUUGUUAUCAUGCAAAUUAUAAACUACAUUCAUUGCCAUUCUGUUCUUGAGUUCUUUCGGGUCUGUCAAAUGUCAUGGCCGUAGAGCCGUUCCUUUUUUUCUGUCAAAUAUCAUGCAACAAUACGUUAUUUUUUAACUAGAGUUAUGUGAUGCAGAUGAUGAUUUCAAUAGUUUCACUCUUUUCUACCUUAGUUGUAGAGAGAGUAGAUGAACGGCUUGGAUUGACUUGUUUAUUUUCCCUUAUGUCGCUUGUCCUCGGCAGCAUUGCUUAUGAAAGGUAAGAGUUUGGUUUCACCAGGUUGUUCAAGUUACCCACGCUGCUAAAACUGAAAGCUUGAUCGUUUAACUUCGUAUAUUUAUCUUUUUAUGGAGCUUAUGUCCAUGUGUUCCAGGACAUUUGAUGAUCUCCGGUUACGCAUGACACUCACCUUCAUCCCAAGUAUAUCAAUCCCAGCACUAGCUUUCGUGUUUCCGGCCAAGUAUUCACAUUCAAGAUACUGGUUUUGGGCCGCAGGUCUAACCUUCAAAAACUUUAUUAUUUUUGCCAUUUUUUUCUUUCUUCCAUUAAGGAGAUAUGAUUAUUGGAGAAAGUUAAACUUGUUUCAUUGCACUUCCAAUGUUUUACCAUACAUCAUUGUUUGUGCGUUAGCUAGAGGUUAUGGAACGUUCAUAUUUUUGUCUCAAAGUAUCUGGGAAACUUAUAUGAAAAGUGAAGUAAUUGCCCUAAGCUUUUAUACCCAAGGUUUUUUGUCUUUUAAUUUAUUUUCCCCAUCUCCAACUUCUCUCCCACUACUCUGCUUCUUGUGUCUGUCGCUCUUUAUUUUCAUUAGCCGCUGUUCUUCCAUCAAUCUCAUUCUGAAUGUCUAAUAUGCGCGUGCCUAAUCUUUGAUACCUGUUUUUUACAUUAGGGCUUUAUCUUGUGGCAAAAUUUGUGGCAUCAGCUGAUAUGAAAGUCUAUUGGUCAACUAGUUAUAUCAUCAGCGGGCAUUCAUUGGCUCACAUAAAUCUAGCGUUGGUCCCUAUUUUGCUAUCUCUGAUGCUUUGGUUCAGAAAUAUUAAAAUUCCCAGGUAUGCUGAUAUUUUUCCACAAUAUUCUGAAAAACCGCUCGUAAAUACUGCCUGGUUAUAUGGCUCGAUGCUUUUGCAAAUCUUUUUAAGCUUCUCUGAUGGUUCAUGGAAGAUAUGAUAGAAGAUAUUUGGUAUAAUAAUAUUCUGGGUAAGAUUCGUUUAAGGCAAGAGACCAUGAACGUGAGAAUGCUCUAAAUUUCCCCAAUCCCCUGGAAUUUGGCUCCGUGAAAAAAUCACCUGACGCUGCUAUCCUCUGAAAGCCUGAAGCAAGGAAAUCUCCGAAUGCCACGCAAGUUUUCUGCCCUAGCUUUGUUUCAUAGGUUUUUAAAUUAAAUAAAAUAAAUAUUAAAUAUUUUCAGACGGGAGCACGUGUGGUUUAACAUGGAUUAAACGUUGUCUUGUGCCCCUAGGGCCCAUCCUUGGGCUCAUUUUAUUUUUUAGUUUACUUUCUUGAGUAAACUAAAGUCAAUUGUCUCUGCAGCUUCAUCUGGCCUGAUAAGUAGGGGAGAGAAAAUAUUUAAAAAAUUGAAAGAAAAAUCUUCUAUAGAAGAAAUACACCCACAGGUCAACUCCUAUUGACAUGUACGUCUUUAAACGCACUGAUAAAAGUAAAUAGAGAGAAGAAACUCAAGGAGGAGCAACAUCUGAAUUGGUGCAAGGUUUCUAGUAGCAGUAGGCUACUUUUUUUACAAAGUUAAUCCGGAGGCUUCAUUCGAAUAGUUUGCGUUUUUUUUUUUGCAUAAUUUCGAUAUAUUUUUUCAUCAGUUAUCUUUUGGUUGCUUUUUUUUUUGCGUCACUAUAAAUUUCUUUUGUAGAUUUAAACGGGAUUUUUUCCCUUUUUCCUUGUUCUUACUCCAUUCUCAGGGACUCUUAA